CGAUCAGAUCUAUUGAGGGGUUUGUGUAUGUUUUUCCAUAAUGUUUACAGUAUGGAUAUGACAUGGACUUUGUUCCUUCGCGAUAGCAUUAAAUGCGCGCGUAAUGUAGCUAAAGCCUACUCCUAAGAACCCUAAAACCUCGAACUUUGUGAUUGUGAUGAGUGUCUGUAAAAUUCAUACGUGCUUUCUCCAUGCGAUAUCGUGAUAAGCGCUUGUCGCCUAUAAACUAAAGCCUACUCGUGUCAACACGGACUUUCAUCAAUAUACUGGCUCCUCUGCAUUUUCCAGUCCUCAAAGUUAUUCGGACGUUAGACGUUGGUACUGACCAGACGAGAACACUUCGAGAUAACGUGGCCUAAAGUUUACCGAGAGUUUUGUGGUUUGAGUUUCGUUUUGAACACCAAUGAAAAUGAACUACGCGGAGUUUCUCAGCGAGGCCGGUGCGAAGCGUCGCCCUUCGCCCCUGCGGAAAUUCAGUAGGAUUGGGCGUGAGGCCACUAGACCUCUUAUCAAUAUGUCACCGGGGCUACCGCACAACGAUUUGUGUCAGUUUGUUGGAGCCAAGUUUCAACUUCGAGAUGGAUCAACACUGGAACUUACCGAAGAAGACUGUCAAAUUGCGUAUAAUUACGGACAUACUGACGGAAUUAAGCCACUGCUUACCUACUUGAGCGACCUGACAGUCAGGGUACAUCAUCCACCAACCUAUCAAGACAAUGAUACUGAGAAACAACUUCGAGUGAUGAUCAACCAAGGAGGAUGUCACGGAAUAUCUUCGGCUGCCAGGUUGAUUCUGUCUCAAGGCUCUUUGUGUUUAGUGCAAGAAAGAUCUUAUCCAACAUUCAUGGAAGCACUUCGAUACAUAGGAGCGACACCCCUCGGGAUUAAGAUGGAGGAGGAUGGCCCUGACAUGGCGCACUUUAGAGAGAUUAUGUCGGCUUGGGAUCCAAACGAUAAGGAAAAAUGGGCAACGAGACCCAAGCUGUUCUACCUGGUACCCAAUGGCAACAACCCUUCUGGUGAAACUGUAUCCCUUGUGAAGAAACAGGAGAUAUAUGCCCUAGCUCAAAAAUACGACUUCAUCGUCUUAGAAGAUGAUGCAUAUUACUACAUGCAGUAUGACGGGCCGUUGAUACCAUCCUUUCUGUCGAUGGACGUAGAUGGCAGGGUUAUCAGAUGUGACUCUUUCUCCAAGAUACUUGGCGCUGGGUAUCGUCUUGGCUGGGUGUCGGGUCCCAAUGCCUUGCUCACACGAAUGAUGUACGAACUCCAAGUCGAUAGUCAGCAUGCUAAUUUGCUUUCACAAGUGUUAUUUAAUAGCCAGUUCCAGCAGUGGGGCAUCGAUGGAUUUCUCCGGCACACGGAUACCGCACGAGAGUUCUAUAAACGAAGACGAGACAUAAUUGCAAAAGCUGCAGAAGACCAUCUCACAGGUCUAGCGACCUGGUCUGUCCCUCGGGCAGGGUUGUUCUUGUGGAUGAAGCUCUUGACCGUCCGAGAUGCCGAAGAGUUCCUUCUGGACCAGGUCCUGAAGAACGACGUUCUUCUCACUCCAGGGGGUAUCUUCCUCAUGGACCAAUCACAGCCCUCGUCUUAUAUCAGAGUGGCCUUCUCGGUCGGGCCCGAAGAAGACCUGGCAAAGGGAAUGAAGAUACUUGCAGAAACAAUACGAGAGUUCAACCAGACCCAGGCCCAAAGCCCACACUAAUGGCGACGUAUGAGAUAAGAUGAAGUGAAAGCAUUGACCCAACCGAAACUAUGAAAGCAAUGGUGUGGCGUAGGUGCAGCCAUGGAGCCGGGGGGGGGGGUACUGGUGUCAUGAUGGGAUUGGGGGAGGGGGUAUCGUUUUUUCUAUCAAAGUGUGGCCAACAAAUGCAAAUUCGAAUUCAAACACGAAGGACUACUGUCAAUGUCCAGUUCACACAUAUUGUUAACAAUUAAAUUUCCAUACUCAACAAGUUAUAAACAUGAUUUUCACAUGCCAAAAAAUAAGACUUAAAGAGAAGUUGGAGCUCUGGGAAGAGGUAAAAAAAAAAUUAUGAGCGUUAUCAUCGUAUUAUGC